AUGACUUCAAUUGCACCUCAACAAGUCGGAUCUUUGGAAAGUUCAAAUAACGAUGGAUAUUAUAUUUCACACCAAAACUACCUUGGGCUCAUCCGUCAAGUAGAUCCAUCUCUUGUCCCUGAUUUCAUAUUUACGAUAGUUCCCGGUUUGAGUGGCUCAGGUAUCAGCUUUCAAAGCACAAACUAUCCAGGUCAAUAUUUAAGACAUCAAGAUUAUCGUAUCAAGCUUUCCGGAGGCGAUGGCUCAGAUUUAUUCAAGCAAGAUGCCUCUUUCGUCGUUGUCCCAGGUGAUAAUGGUGGUAUUCGCUUCCAGAGUGUCAACUAUCCAAAUUACUUUAUUAGACAUCGGGCUAAUAAUGAAUUAUGGAUUGACCCUAAAUCAACCGAUGAUCGCUAUAAAAAAGAUAGUAUCUAUCAUACAACUGAUUUAUCUCACGAUCAUAUAUUGCAAGGAGGCACUACCAAAGCAUCUUGGCCCUAG